GGCGGCGGCUCCGCUCGGUUCCUGCUCGGGCCGGGGCAGCCUGCGCGGCGCGGCCGCCGAGGGGACGCUGCGCGACCCGUCCGCGCCCCACAGCCCCGGUGGCUGCUGCUUUAAUGCAAUAGUGUCAUUAACUUGCUGAACACUAAACAUGAGAAUAGCAGGUGCUGCAAAGUUGGUAGUAGUCAUAGCAAUAUUUUUAUUGACGUUUUAUGUCAUAUCUCAAGUGUUUGAAAUAAAAAUGGAUGCAAACUUAGGACACAUAUUUGCUAGAUCAGCGUUGGAUGCAGCUGCACGCUCUACAAAACCUCCAAGAUACAAGUGUGGGAUCUCCAAAGCUUGUCCUGAAAAGCAUUUUGCCUUCAAAAUGUCAAGUGGAGCAGCGAAUGUAGUUGGACCUAAAAUUUGUGUAGAGGAUAAUGUUUUAAUGAGUGGAGUAAAAAAUAAUGUUGGCAGAGGAAUAAAUAUGGCCUUGGUCAAUGGUAAAACAGGAGAGUUAUUAGAUACUAAGUUCUUUGACAUGUGGGGAGGAGAUGUGGCACCACUUAUUGAAUUUCUGAAGACCAUCCAGGAUGGAACAAUUGUGUUAAUGGCAACAUAUGAUGAUGGUGCAACCAAGCUUAACGAGGAAGCACGGAGACUGAUUGCUGAAUUAGGAAGCACAUCCAUCACUAACCUUGGCUUCAGGGACAACUGGGUCUUCUGUGGUGGGAAAGGCAUUAAGACUAAAAGUCCAUUUGAACAGCAUAUAAAGAAUAACAAGGACACAAACAAGUAUGAAGGCUGGCCAGAAGUUGUUGAGAUGGAAGGCUGUAUCCCUCAGAAGCAAGACUAAAUGAAAACAGAAGAAAAGGAAAAAGAAUAUGGAAGACAAUGCACUUUCUGCUACUAUUAGAGAGAGGGCUAUGAAGGAGACUGUACUGUAAAAAUUAUUUUUAAAGCAUGCAGCCAUCUUGUCAGUGUGUGCAUGAGCACUGGCAUUUUGAAUAUUGGAAUUAUUUAUUGCUGACACACAUAGAAAUUCUUUUUGUAAAUAUGUCCAAAAUAAAAGAAACAUCCAAUCAUUUCUAUGCAGGUUUCUUAAAAGCACAGUAUUUAGUUUGCCUGUGGUAAAUAAUACUUGUAGAUAACUGGCUAAUAAAUAAUGUAUGUGGACAAUAAACAGAUUGUGACAAAUGUACUGUCCUCUUAACAGUGCAAUGUUGCUGUGACUAUGUAAACUUGGUGGAAUAUUGCAGAUUUUAGUAAUACAUUAAUAAGGAGCUUUAAUUUUUUUUUAUCUUCUGCCUUUUUAAUGGCAUCAUCAAUUUUUAUUAAAACUAUUUGGUUAUUCUAAUACCAAGUGCUCCAAAAGUUUAUUUUGUAGUCCUGUAUCAAAAUUGAGUAAUCAGCAAAGGAAAACUACAUGAUAGUGUAACACAGAUAUGCCAUGAAAAGCACAAGAGAAUUUUAUUUUCUAUCUUUAGGGGAUGAACUAAGGUAAAUAUGUAAAUAGUAUGUGUGAUAUUUAAAAGCAGCUUGGAAGAAUUUGUACUUAACUUGAAAGUGUUUGCUUUAUAGAAGGGACUGGCACAUUAAACAGCAGUACUGUGGCUAAAUUUUUCAUUUUUUAUUGCAGCUUUUGUACUGCUGCUUAACCAUUGCUUCUCCCUAUGGCAGUUCAGCUGCAGUGGAUGUGUGUAAUGGAGGAGGCUCCUCUUUUGGUUCUAACAACAGGAAUAAAUUUCCCAUCACAAAGAGAAAGCAGUCUGCCUUCUAGUGAGAGCUGUUUCGGGGUACACAGCUGUGCACCCUCACCACCUACAGUACUUCUCAUGAGCUGAGGCAAUCUCCUCUUCUGGAAUGUCAGAGAGAGCAGUGUGUCUUGGGUUAUGCAAUGUGUGACUUAACUGAAAAGUGAUGUUUCCUUCAUCCUUUUUUUAAUGGGAAAAAAGGACCAAGUUUAAGUGGCCUUAUUCUUUAGCUUAUAUCAGAGCUGUCUGAAGACCUUGCUUUCUUUCUAAACGUGUAUUUCUUUUAAGUGGGGCCAGCUUGAACUUUUCCUGAAACUAAAUUAUACCAUACUAACUGAUUGUAUCCAUAUUCACAAAAUUAGGGCUGAGACAGAACUGGCUGUAAUCUCCUGCAGCUUUGUGUUAUGAAUUCUGGUAUAUUCCUCAAAAACUUCAAGCUAGUACUAUGGGGCAAAAGCCACAAAGUAUUUUUCAGGAGCCCACAGUGAGUUUGACAGAGGCUUUGGAAAUAGUAUUAUUGUUGAUGUUUUCUGAGUCAAAUUCUGUACACUAAAAAUUUCAAGCAAUAUUGAGAAUGACCUUGUAAGAAAAAUAAAUAAUCUCUGAUACCAGGGUAAGACUGGA